GCUUUGUACCUUUCGACAUCUUGGUAUAUGAGUGUAUGAGUGUAUAGAAGUGAGAAGUGAGAGGCUCUGGUUUACUUGCUUUAUUUGUUACUCUGUGACUCGGAAAGGGUCAGGCUACACAGCUCCCUCAACAGCACAGCAAGGAUCAACGAUCUGGAGCAAAGCAUGGAGCAUGUCGACAAGAAGUUGCAUCCGCCUCAGACAGGUCAUUGCUGGUCCCACACAAACCCCGCACCCUUUUCCACUUCGAAACCCAAGUUUAUGGAGCAAGGUCACCCAUCGACCUACUACUAGCGUCCCGGACUGGAAUGGGGCCCGUGUUGCCACUAAAUCGACUACACGGUAUUAUCACGACACGGCCAUCCGUCCCUCACCACCAUGGCUCAAGGACGCAAAACACGACGCCAGUCUACAAAACGCAUCCGAAACAUCUUCGCAACCUACGACAACGAAAAACUCCGUCAGUAAACCAAUACGAUCAGUAUUAUCCUUUACCGAUCUCAUAAGCGUGAAUCCAAAUCCAACGGUUUUGCCCGCAGAUAUACCAUUACCCGUUGAGCCCACAGAGGAAGUAGAUGUGAAGCUUAAAAAGAAACGGAAAUCGAAGGCAAAGGUGGAUGAAAAGGCUGCGGAUCAGGAGGUUAUCACGACCAUAGCAGACUCAGCGGGGCCCAAGAAUCGUCUCACACCUUUACGCAAGCAGAUCCUAGAUUUAGAAGCGGCCUAUCCAGACUGUGUUCUACUCGUCAGAGUUGGAGAGUUUUAUGAGUUGUACGACCAUAACGCCGUUGAAUAUGGUCCCUUACUAGGACUCAAAAUGACGUCCAAGACAUUUAGCGGACAAUCCAUACCAUUUACCGGUUUUCCUGUCCGACAGCUCGAUCGCCAUCUUGAAACCCUGGUCUCCAAACAUCACCUCAAGGUCGCCCUGUGCGAGCAAUUCCUAGACGAUCAUGAAGGCGGCAACCGAUCUUUCCGUCGAUCGGUAUAUAGAAUCAUCACUCCUGGUACCUUAAUUGAUGAGCAGUUUCUGGACCAGGGUGAGAACAACUGGUUACUUGCCGUUGCAACCGAUAAGACAAGUCGUUUGCUGGGUCUGUCUUGGCUCGAUCUUUCAACGGGUGACUUUUUCACUCAAGAGACGACCUACGACAGUUUUCCGAACGAUCUGGCCAGGAUCCGACCGAGGGAGAUAAUCGUCAACUCCAAUCUUAAGUAUGGUCCUGAGCACGCGGUCUUGCAGACGAUUCAAAAGCUGGGUCCCUUUGUCGUGAGUUUCGAGGACAUGCGGUCGGCAGCCCAAAUGUCGACUCAGCGCGAAAACGAGAUACUAAGAGAGGCAGAGGAACAGCUGGGAUUUCAUCCGCGGCACUUGAAGCCGUUUUCGAAUCGUGAGCAGUCUGCCUGUUUGUCUAUUUUGAGAUAUGUCAAUCACACGCAGAUGGGAAGACGGCCGGUUGUUCAGCAGCCGAUUGAGUGGCAAGAUGGCUCCAUUGUGAAGAUCGACAGAAACACGAUUGAAGCCUUGGAACUAGUGCGUACACUACGUGAUUCUUCGAGAAUGGGAAGCCUGUUGCACCACCUGGACAGGACCAAGACUAAAGCGGGAUCACGACUGCUCGCGGAUUGGUUAACUUCGCCACUGACUAGCAUCAACAAAAUCAACAGGCGUCUGGAUAUGGUCGAGUUUUUGGGGAAAGACACCCAUCUCAUGUAUGACAUCGAUUCUUAUCUCAAGGAGUGUCGGGACGCACAGCGAGCCAUUCAAAAACUAUCUCUUGGGCAAAUUGAUCCUUAUGACCUCAUCGCGAUUCGUAACACUCUCGAAGCGCUCCAAAAGAUCAAGAAGCGUAUGGCGGACAAAAUUAUGCUGGUCCAAGGUCAUGCAAGAGCAGCACCAGACGCCAUACCGGCAUUGGUUAAGGAAACAGUCGAUAGCAUCCAUGGGCUAGAGCAGAUCUGUAACCUAAUCCGCAAUGUUGUUGAUGAAAGCAUGGAGCAACGCCAGGAAUAUGGAUACAUUAAUGAGGGCGUUAAUCCAGCCUUGAAUGGACUGCAUGUUAAGCUGCGAGAACUUAAGGAACGCAGGAAGGCGCUUUUGGACAAGUGGACAAGCCAUCUUGGAGGGGCCAAACCUUUUGAGAUCAAGUCGUCGUUUGGAUACCGACAUGUCGUGGAAAUGAGGAGCACUAUCACUGCCGAGCGGUUGCGAGAUAUGGUGAAUGGACAAGUUGUGGAUGUCUCACAUACAGAUCAGAGACGGUCAAAAGUGCGCUUCCAAAUACCGGUAUUGUCUGAGAUAAUGGAGUCAAUCGAGAGAAUGGAGGCGCAAAUUGUUCAGGAAGAAAAGAGCAUUCUCAGCGCUACUCGACUCGAGAUUCUGGAGGAGAGUACGGCUAUCAUUCAGAACUGCCGGUAUCUCGCUCAGCUGGAUGUACUUUUGUCCUUUGCAUAUAUGAUGCUGGAGCGGCACUACACCCGACCCGUGCUGAAUCAAGGUGGACAGUCCGUCAUUGUGUCCGGUCGCCAUCCGGUCGUAGAAAUCGCUUUGUAUAAUGAAGGCCGCCAGUUUGUGGAGAACAAUUGUUCAGUGGGUCAAGAGGAACUCAUGUGGCUCAUAACAGGCCCGAAUAUGGGAGGAAAGAGUACCUUUCUGAGACAGAACGCGAUUUUGACAAUUAUGGCCCAAAUGGGCUGCUUCGUACCAGCAACCAGCGCUCACCUUGGAAUCGUCGAUAAGGUCUUUAGUAGGCUUGGGGCCUCUGAUAAUCUUGCAAAUGCACAAUCGACAUUCAUGGUUGAGAUGACAGAAACAGCAUCGAUUCUUCAACACGCCACUGAGAAGUCUCUUGUGAUCAUGGACGAAGUCGGACGAGGAACCGCAACACUGGAUGGCUGUGCCAUUGCUUAUGCGACCUUGCAUCAUUUGUACCACAUCAACAAAUGCAGGACUCUCUUUGCGACACACUACCACGAGCUGGCCGACAUGGUGGGUGCUAUCAACGGUAGUCAUGGUUAUUCCUCAGCUCUCAGUUCCCAAGACGAUGCAACUAGUGAGGAGGGAGCGAGUAGCGCGGUCGCUGCUCGAACACCGUGGCGAGGACAGGAACCCUUGGACCAUGUACGUUGUUAUCAAACGACGCUUGAGAAACAACCUGAUGGGUCUUAUGCCUAUAUUCAUCAAGUUAUUCCAGGGGUUUGUCGACAGUCGCAUGGAAUACAUGUCGCAAAGCUAGCAGGGAUGCCGCAGAGUGCUGUCGAGGUGUCUGAACGAAUUCUACGAGUUCUUCAAGGAGCAUGACCACAAUAAAAUAUCAAGUUGAAUCGACUACCUCAAUUUGUAAAUGCGUUCCUUGAUCGCUUGAAAGGCGCACUGUCCAGAUUGCCCAGGAGAUAUAGGAUCCGAUCUCUCAGAAAAUAUAGGAUCCUCAUCCUCA